AUGGCGACCAAUUUCAGCCUGACAAGUCUCAUUCCAACAGUAGCUGUAGAAGACAACGAUGACUAUGACUGGUCUAACAACACUGAUCAGGAGCGGAAAAUUUAUGAGUAUGUCGAACAAAGGAUUUUCUUCAUCUUUGUGGUUCUGGUCAGCGUUGUUGGAUUCCUGGGGAACGGAUUUGUCAUUUGGCUCCUCGGCUUCCGCAUGAAGAGGAAUUCCUUCACCAUCUACAUCCUGAACUUGGCCGUGGCUGACGUGGGGGUCCUCAUAUCUAUGGCGACGUUUUUUGCUGUCGGGCGUUCCUCCACUACGUCCAUCUGUGAGGAGCUCGUCAUAUUCACUUACAGCACUGGCCAGUUUCUGCUGACCGUUAUCAGCAUCGACCGCUGCGUGUGUGUCCUCUUCCCGUUUUGGCAUCAGGUCCACCGACCGGCUCACUUGUCCUCAGUAGUGUGUGCCGCCAUCUGGCUCUGCUCCUUCCUGCUUAAUGCAACUCACUUCUUGCUCCUCCUGACAAGAAACCUGAAAAAUAACCUCAUGUAUUUCCAGUUUUUUGUCAAUGCCCUGCUUUGCGUCCCAUUCAUGACCAUCUCUGCUCUGACCCUGUGGGUCAAAAUGUUCCUAAAACCACAACAGCGUCGGCGAGGGAAGCUUUUAAUGGCCAUCUUCAUUACUCUCCUCUUUUUCCUCAUCUUUGCUUUCCCGCUGAAUGCCAUUUAUUUGCUCUCGACUCUGACACAAAAAACUAUUCCGACCUACAUGCGGUAUGGUUUGUUGUGCGCCUCGCUAAACAGCAGCGUUAACCCGCUGAUCUAUUUCCUGGUUGGGAGGAAGAAGAAGAAACAGCACAGAGGGAGCAUGAAGGCUAUCCUCCAGAGACUGUUUGAAGAAGAAUAA